UAUCCCGGGGGGGGGUGAUGCAGAAGUGCAGUGCUGCAGAUCAGACAGCACGUGCACCAGUGUCACCAGUGAAUGAGCAUGACUUGAAAGAUUUGACUCCAAGCUAAAAUGAUUUUGCUUAGCAAUGCAGUAUCACAUGUUGCUUUGGUGGGAUAAAGCCUCUUGUGACUUCCAGCUCAGAGGUGUCACAAUGUAACCAAGUCACGCCACUGUCAGCAUUUAUGCCUCGCACUUCCUCUCUCUUUGAGCAGUCAGAUCUCAUAAAGAAACAUCACUUUCUCUCUGAAACACAGUUUGACCAGAACCUGUCGUCUUUGUAAGUUUAUGUGUGUGCGUUUUUCUGGGCCGGCUGCUGUAACCUCAGAGGCCCGUUCAUCCUGCAGGCAGCUUUUCAGCAGCUGGAGCCAGCCGCAGAGGAACAUUGUGGACGUGAGCUAACAGGACGGAUCAUGAAGACGGGGAUCCCGUACAACCAGCUGGAGGAUGUGGCGCCCCGGAGACAAGAAUACACCAGGAGAACCCAGGUGUAUUACAGGUGUUUCCUCGCUCUGGCCUCUGUGGCUGCUGCACUGCUGGUCAUCCUGGCCCUCUGGAACCUCCUGAUACUGAGGACCUCUUCUUCCUCUUCCUCCUCCUCCCGUCCCGCUCCAACUAUAAGCCUCGGAUUUAAAGCGGAGUUCUGCUCAGAUCCCUGCAAGAUCAUGUUGGUGGAGAGCAUUCCCGAAGGCCUGGAGUUUAACUCCAGCACCGCUCAUCCAUCCAUCUUCCAGUCAUGGAUCAAUCUGAUGAGCGAAGCUCGCAGCAGUCUCGACAUCGCCUCCUUCUAUUGGACCCUCACCAACGAAGACACCGGCACUCAUGAGCCGACGGCCGAUCAGGGCGAGGCUGUGCUCAGCAGACUGGCUGAGCUAUCGGGGAAGUUAGCGGUUCGCAUUGCUGUCAACACGCCGCAGGAGAGACAGCCGCGGGCCGACCUCAGGCUGCUCAACGACUCAGGAGCCCAUAUUAGGACAGUUAACAUGAAGGAGCUCACCUCAGGCGUUCUUCACACCAAGUUCUGGGUCGUGGACCAGAAACAUAUUUACAUUGGCAGCGCCAACAUGGACUGGAGGUCCCUCACACAGGUGAAGGAGCUCGGCGCGGUGGUCUACAACUGCAGCUGCUUGGCAGCAGACCUGAGUAAGAUCUUUGAAGCCUACUGGUUUCUGGGGGAGAGUCAGUCAAUCCCAUCACCGUGGCCGAAGAGUUUCUCUACCAUGUACAACAAGGACACGCCCCUCCUGGUGCCUCUUAACAACACGCCAUCCCACGUCUAUCUGUCGAGUUCCCCUCCAUCCUUGUGUGCAGCCGGCAGGACUCCAGACCUUCAGUCCAUCUUCAGUGUGAUGGAGGACGCUGAGCGCUUCAUCUACGUCGCCGUCAUGAACUACCUGCCCACCAUGGAGUUUGCACACCCUAAAAGGUACUGGGCAGACAUCGACACGCAGCUGAGGCGAGCGGCGUAUGAGAGGCGGGUCCGAGUGCGGCUGCUGAUCAGCUGCUGGAACAACACACAGCCAGUCAUGUUUCCUUUUCUCAAGUCUCUGGCCUCAGUCUACGACCCCAAGAACAAACUGGACAUCCAGGUGAGGCUGUUUGUGGUGCCUGCCACCCCCGAGCAGAGGGAGAUUCCCUUUGCAAGAGUUAACCACAACAAGUACAUGGUAACAGAUAAGACAGCAUACAUAGGUACAUCUAACUGGUCAGGAGACUACUUUGUGAACACAGCUGGCUCAGCACUGGUCAUCAGCCAGACGUCCGCUGAGACGACGGUCCAGUCGCAGCUGAAGGCUGUCUUUGAGAGGGACUGGAACUCGGACUACAGCCUUCCUCUCACCCAGCACUCAAACCUCAAAGACCUCUGUAACCUUUAACAGCCGGCAUUACAGACACGCGUCAGUCGCUGCUGACGUCGACACGGAGCACUUUGAUUUUCAUGAAUUUUACACUUACCAGCUACAACGUGGAAACUUCCGAGCUGAAAAUCAGCAGCAGACGACCUCUUAGCAGAGCGGGCUUCCUGUUCGCUCGAGUGUCGAAGUUCAGGGACAAACUUUUCUUUCAGUGAUGCGACCCCAGAACAUGCUGGAUAUUCAGGGCUGACUUCAAGUAAUGUUGGAGCUGCGUUGGUGUAAAUUACUCCAAGUCAGCAUCUGUAAAUAUUCAGGUACCUUGGCUGAUAUCCCAGUAUUAUGAUAUGCUGAUAGUGUGAUUGCCAAAAAUACCUCCAACAAUAGAUGUUUCUCUUAUUGUUAAGCUAAUCGGUGAGGGGUAGCUGCAGUGAGUCUGUGUUACGCAGUAUUUCUGCCAGUGGAAGGAGCAAAGUUUGUUUAAUCCCUCACAUCCGUCGCUGCAAAGGUUUCCAUCAGCACCGGCUUUUUGUACUGUUACGUACCUCAUACCCAAGGGAAGUCUCAGUGAGGUGUGAUGGUGUGAAAAAUACACACUACCCAGGCCUGAGACGUAUUAUCAGGCCGAAGCACACACGUUUAACUUUGAAUUUCAUCAUGUGGUUUCUAUCCUGUACUGUAGGGGGCGCUGUUUCAGCUUUCCAGUCAGGUCAGUGUUGGACAUCAGUGUUCUACGACGGAGUAUUAGGGCCACACUGAGGGAAAAAUAAAUCGUGCAUUUUGAGAAUAAAGUCAAAAUUUUGAGAAAAAAGUCGAAGUCGUCAUUUCAAGUUAAAUAACAGCCACGGCUGCUAUACCCUCUAAAAAAGCCUUGGGUAGAUGGAACUACUUCAUCAGCUGGGGCUCGACGUCGCUCCCUCUCCAUUCAUGGAACUUGUGCGAAGCGAUUGUCGCCUCAUCGCACAAGUUCCAUAGGAAAUGAACGGAGAGCGAGCGACGUCGAGCCCGUCAUUGUGUCUUGUGAUUUUGCAAAUCCCCGCUGUACUGCACGAAGGUGCAAUCAUCGAAAUCCUCGCAUCUGACCGUUGACAGUUUGUGAGUUUUUUUUCCUUCUGAGCCGAUGCAGCUUUCUGCACAUCUCAUUACCAUCCUCAUCGUUAUCACUGCAUCGUGUUUGUGUGCUGAAAGAGAAAUAAGUUCCUUGUUACUAAAACCGAUUCUAAAGUAUAGUUUCACUAACUCAUAAUGCAAGACAUUCUGGAGGUUAUAGCAUUUUGGAGGUGUUUGACUUGAAACGACUUAAAUCUGCACAUUUCGACUUUUUUCUCCAAAUUUUAACUUUAUUCUCAAAAUGCACAAUUUAUUUUUCUCACUGUGGCCCUAAGACUCCUUCGUAGUGUUCUCCUGUAGCCACCUGGGUAAAGGAUUUAUUCAGCCAAUCACAACUUGAGCCUCAGUGGGAGUUUUCAUCUCAGGGAGUUUUGAUCUAAUUUGCUCCAAUUUAUAAUCAUUAAUGCUGAAACAGUCGUUCAUGCUGUGCCUUCAAAUAAAGAAAUCCUUUAAAUUUCCUCUCUGGACUCUUCUGAAAUAAGCAAAUAAAGUCUGCGCUGCAUCUAACAGACGCAGACAAACCUGUUGACUUCCCACUGUGUGGAGUCAGUGAAACCACUCAUGAGGAGAGGAUGCUUAGAGUUUAAACUGCCUGCCUUUCAUAGGCAGUUUAAGGCAAACAGACUAGUUAAUAGCAGACGGUGGAAAAAUAAUCUUUUAACUUCAAUAAAAACUUCUUUCAUAUCGUG